AUGGAGGUAAAACUAGAAGACCUCGCACGGAAAAAGCGAGAGCUGAAAACGGAUUUCACAAAUACGAGGAGAAAUUUGACAGUGGAGUCAACGAAUGAGGUGCCGAACCGAGAUGACGUAAAGGCAUGGAGAAGCCACUUGACGACAGUGUAUGACGAGACCAAGAAGGUCAUCAUGGAGUACAUGGAAGCGGUGGUGGUCACUGACUCUAGGAGACAUGCUGGUCUCCAGAAGCAGUACAAGCAGCUGGAAGGCCAGUAUUCCGAUGCCAUGGAAUUGGCCAGGAGUGUGCUCAUCAGGAGCAGCAGAGCGAGCCUGGCAGCGUCGACCAGGCAGACUCCCAGUCCCAAGCAAUCGCCACUGAGAGGGGCAACGCCUUUACUGGCGUCAGUACGAGAGGAAAGCAGAGAAAUUCUAGAUCUGCGUGCGGCGCUCCAAAAUGCACCGUUUCUUGGUCGCCAGCACGAUGCGCGGGUUAUGUUGCCCAGGGCUGCAGACUAUGGAGAACGGGUGAAAGUAGAGCCGGACAGUCGUGUUGUAAUGUUCAGUGGUCAGCGUGUGGGGGAACCUGCCGAACCCUUCCCGACCGUUGCCAUGGCAACCGCGUCAGCACACGCGCCACCGCAAACGGAUAUGAUCAACAGCAAUGCAUGCACCGCUUUAUCUGCAGCAGCCGCAGAGUACCAGCCACGUAGUUCAGUGCUGCCAGCGUCAUUUGCAACUAUGACCACGGGCAGCAACGCUCCUGCUAUAAUUCAGGAACAAGGCUUCCUGAUCCACGAUCCUGCUGAUCAAACACCUAGUAUGAUGUAUGCAACGUAUGGCAACAAUAGUGCUAGGCCGCAGCAGGCAUACAUGUACCAACAACAACAACAGCAACCGCAGUGGAGUGCGAGCAAUAGUGCAGUCAUGUACAACUCACCUGUGUCUACUGGACCGUCGCACACCAUCUCUACUGGAGCGUCACAGUACGGUGCGAGACCCAGCGCUGGCAUGCAAGCACCCCGGGCCGCAGUAUUCGCCCCAGUUCCGACAUAUGUCGGAGGCACCGCAGCUCGACCUGCGCCACGGACUGCUCCAGCGGCAGCUGCACAGAUCAACAUCGCCAGCAAGUUGAAGCGGAUCGAAAUUGCCGUGUUCAUCGGAGAGAAGCGAAAAUACGAGCGCUGGAAAUCCGCUUUCAGCGUUUGUGUGGACCAGCAGCCGCUCUCCGCUGAAUUCAAGCUGCUGCAGCUCCGACAGUACGUGGCGGGUGAGGCACUGGAUGCCAUCGAGAGUCUUGGCUACUCGGCAGCAGCAUACGAUGCUGCUCUGCGGCGGCUGGAGCGACGCUUCGGUGGGAGUCGCCGGCGCCUUGUGGUUAGGACGGAAGAGCUGGAACGAUCUCCACCUAUUCGAGCCGGUAGAGACCAGGACCUGGAGCGCUUUACCGAUGUGCUCGACAUGGCAGUGGUGACGUUAAAGGAUUCCGGUAUGCACACCGACCUAGGUACCGGCAUUCUCUACCAGCGGAUCCAGCAGAAGCUGCCAGUGAACUUGUUGGCCCGGUAUCGCCACUGGAUAGUACACCACCAAAAGGACGAAUCGGUCGAGGUGCUGCUGGAGUGGCUGAAUGCCGAGCCAGAAGUUCUUGCUGCCACCACGGAAACUAUCGAAGGCAUCAGCCAGCAGCAUCACGUAAGAAGCCAAUUGUCAACCAGCGGGACAAGUCGAAAUCAGCCGACUCGGACGGCAACUGCUCACGACGCUGUGCAACCGCGCACGGCCACGUUCGUGACAGCUACAAACACCGCUGGCAAUGUGCCGACCGCAAGGUCCAAAUGCUGCAAUGGUGGCGGGCACCCGAUCUGGCGUUGCCCAGAGUUUGAGAAACAAACUGUAAGCCAGCGCUGGGCAGCAGCGAAGCGAAGCAAGUCAUGCUAUAGAUGCCUUGCGACUGGACAUAGGGGCAAGGAUUGUCCACGGGACCGGGAGUGCGGUAUCGACGGGUGCACGCAGCAUCACCAUCGCCUGCUGCACAGUGAGCCCCGUCAACCGCCUCCAUCGUCGUUAACCCACGCCUCCGGAGAGACUGGAGCCAUGCAGCCGGAGAACUUCAGUGCUGUCUCCCUCGGAAACAGCACGAAGGGAGAGGAGAAUAGAGUACGGACGGUGACGUCGAUUCGGACAGUUCCCUUUCAGCUAUCCAACGGCAAGCGGUCGCUAACUGUUAACGCGCUGCUGGACGACGCCAGCACGCGCUCGUACAUAGCGAGCAAUGUUACGGCAGAACUCGGCCUGAUUGGAUCAAGUAUGUCGCUGACCAUCAGCAAGCUGAAUGGACAGCAAGAGACCAUUCACACUGUCCCAGUAUCAUGCACUCUGCGAAGUGUUGACGGAGCCACGUCGACGACUCUCCAUGCGGGCACAAUCGAGCAGCCAACAGGCAACAUGGAAGUUGUAGACUGGCACCACCUGGGAAAGCAGUACGCACAUCUAGCCAACGUUGAGUUUCCGCCGCUACCGUCGAAACGCCACAUUGACGUGCUUAUCGGUGCCGACUAUCCGGAGCUUCACAUGGCGUAUGAAGAGCGCUCGGGUAACAGCCAUGAGCCCGUGGCGCGUCGGACGGCAUUAGGUUGGACCUACAUCGGCCAAGUACAACCAGCACACCCAGCGGCGAGCUGCUGCUUCACAAUGUUCAGCGACGGUGACCUACAGAGCAGCUUGAAGCGCCUGUGGGAAAUCGAAGAAGUGAACAGCAGCACUACGAAAUUCAUGUCACGCGACGACAAGGUGGCAGAGCAGAAAGUUGCAGCGUCGUUGAAGGUGACGGACGGCCGCUACUGCGUUGGCAUACCCUGGAAAUCCGAACGUCCAGUCAUGCCUGAAAGCCGAGCGAAGGCACUCGGCCGUCUGCACAGCUUGGAGAAGCGGCUGCGACGUGACUCAGCAGCAGCAACAGCGUACAGCGAUGUCAUCCGCAAGUACCUAGCCAACGGCAAUGGUGUAGCGCUGAACGAUGUUAUCAGUGCUGGUCCCAAGCUGCAGCAAUCGCUACCGAAGGUACUCCUGCGCUUCCGGCAGAACAAGGUCGCCAUCAUCUGCGACAUCCAGGAGAUGUAUCUCCAGAUAUCCCUGGCUCCGGAGGACAGGCCCUUCCAUCGCUUUCUUUGGCGGAAUAACGAGCAGGAACCGGCCAAAUACGAGUUCAAUCGAGUGGUCUUCGGUGUGAACGCGUCGCCUUUCCUAGCGCAGUACGCGGCUAGACACAAUGCUCAUCAGCACGCCGACAACUAUCCUCAUGCAGCGGAAACGGUCCUUGAGUCAACGUACAUGGAUGACUCCAUGGACUCUGUUCGAAGCGAUGAGGAAGGCGUUGAGCUCGUAAGGCAGCUGUCGGCGUUGUGGCACAAAGCCAGUAUGCACCCGCGAAAAUGGCUGCGCACCUCCACGGCGGUGUUGCAGACCAUCCCGGAGGAGGAUCGCGCUGAGGAGAUCAACCUCACGAAGGGAGAGCUGCCGAAUGUCAAGAUACUGGGAGUCCUCUGGCUUGCCAAGGAGGACCAGUUCACGUUCCAGCUGCAGCUGUCGGAGAUCGGCUCAAAUCCUACGAAGCGCGCAUUUCUCAGUGCACCAGCAAGUUUGUUUGAUCCACUUGGACUCCUCGCACCGUACCUCGUGCAAGCAAAGGUCCUGCUGCAAGAGAUGUGGCUUUGUGGAGCAGCAUGGGAUGAGCAACUGCCCCCAGCAAUCGUCAAGAAGGUUCUCGGCUGGCUUGAACAGGUGACGGAGCUAUCAACAGUACGUGUACCACGCUGCCUGACGGCCACGGGACGCACAGCAAUCAGCAGCCAGCUUCACGUGUUCUCAGAUGCGUCCGAGGUCGCAUACGGAGCAGUCGCGUAUCUGGUCAGUCACUAUGACACUGGAGAAUCGACAGCACGGUUCGUCGCAAGCAAGGUCUGUGUGGCACCAGUGACUGCUGUCAGCGUUCCGCGGCUUGAGCUAAUGGCGGCGACAACCGGAGCAACGAUCGCCACAUCAUCCGCCGAGUCACUGAACCUCGACCCCGAGCAACGACGCUAUGGUCGGACAGCAGCAAUGUUCUGCACUGGAUCACCAACUACAGCCGCACCUUCAAGCAGUUUGUGGCUAGUCGAGUGGGCGAGAUUCAACGGCAAACCAAUCCUACCCAGUGGCGGUACGUGCCCACCGCGCUCAAUCCAGCCGACCUGGUCUCUCGAGGAAUUACCACCCGCACAACGAGAGUUUGACGAAUUAUCGCCACCAGCGAUCCGAGACUCUGAGGAGUUCUUCAUCAAGCGAGCGCAGCAACAGUCGCUACCAGAGUAUGCUGCAGUUAAGGCAGGCAAGCCGAUCCCUGCAACCAGCAAGCUGGUCUCGCUCAAGCCAAUGAUUGACAACGCUGGCCUUCUACGCGUCGGAGGUCGACUACAGCAUGCAGACUUCUUGACUGCAGAACAACGCAAUCCGAUCGUCCUACCAAGAGGGGAUCAUGUGACACAGCUGAUUGUCAAGGCAUGUCACGAACGAGGAUAUCACGCGUUCGGUGUCAGCCGUACGCUAGCCGAACUCUCGUCGCGCUACUGGAUCGUCGCUGGCCGCGAAGAGGUGCGAGCUUGGAAAGCCAAGUGUGCGAGGUGCGCCCGGAACCGUACGAAGCCGGCAAUGCAGGUGAUGGCGCCUCUACCUAAGGUCCGAGUCAGCCUGCCGCUACGCGCAUUCGGCCGAGUCUCCGUAGACUACGCUGGACCGUUUAUGACGAAGCAGGGUCACGGCAAGACACAACACAAGCGGUACCUGUGCUUGUUCACCUGCUUGCAGACGAGAGCAGUGCAUCUCGAGCUGUCAUACGCGUUGACAACGGACUCGUUCCUGCAGGCGUACGUACGCUUCACCAAUCGACGGGGAGUACCGAUCGACGUCAUCUCCGACAAUGGCACGAAUUUCGUCGGCGCCACCAAUGAGCUUGCUCAGCUAGUCAAGCAGCUUGAUGCAGAGGCGAUUCAGCGGCAGACAGUGGAUCAGCAGACUAGCUGGCGUUUCAACCCUCCAGCAGCACCACAUUUCGGCGGAGUGGCAUGGGGCGUUAGUGAAAUCGGCAAAGCGUGCUAUCUCGGCGAUUCUGAAGAACGCGGAGGUCACAGACGAGGAGCUAUUGUCUGCUAUCGUCGGCGCGGAGGCGCUCAUGAACUCACGGCAACUGUCCUACGUGUCGGCAGAUGGUCGUGA